UCAUCAUCAUCCUCCUCAUCAUCAGCCUUACAUUUCUCCUUUAGCAAAUCUUCUUUCUGUGAUUUGAUCAACAGCUGCAGAUGAGAAGCAAAAAAACAAUCACCAAGCGGAGGCUCCGCUUUCAGUUCUUUCUCAACCAUGAACCAGAGCAAUUUGGGCCAGUCUAACUUUUCCAAAUGCUUUUGCUUUAUAUCCCUUGUCCAUUCAACAAUCUCUACAGGCAUAAUCCACAUAUCAUCUCUUUGCAGUAGAACACAAGUUGAAACAAUCUCAUCAAUAAACCUAACCGAUUCAUCGUUUUCCAGAAGUUCUCUCUCCUCCUCUGUAACAACAAAGUCUUUCUUCAUAGGCAACUUCAACGCUCGAGCCAAAUCGGGACGGCUGACGUUAAUCCUAGCCCCAUUUACAUAGCUGCAUCGACGCUCUGAAUUAUAAUACGCAACAAGGUUCGCUACUAGAUCCUCACGGAUAUUUUGAUCAAAAUCCAAAUGCACAAAAUCCCACAGACCUAACGUCUUCAAUAGCUUCUCAUGCCGAGCAAAAUCUAGGGUUUUACAUGGAGCGAAAGCUAUCGGCUUCAAAGUUUUCAAAAGUACCUCAAGUUUCUCUUUUGACUUCUCUAGCUGCUUUCGUUUCUUCUGAUUCCCUUUCUUCCGCUUUGGUCCACCUCCACGGCGGUAAUAAGAAGAGCUUACGGCUUGCGUCGUGUCCAUAUCGUCCUCUUCGUUCCUACUUUCCUCAAGCGAAGCUUCUAAUUGCUGAUCUCUACCGUCGGACUCCUCCAGAUCCUGCAAGUUCUGCGUUUCUUCGUCUUGUGUUGAUUCUAAAUUUAAGGCUUUUUCAGCGACAUUCUCCACGGAAAGACUUCCUUGCUCUACUACGCUCGGCUUCUCGAUUAAACUAGGGUUCUGCGAAAGAGUUUCUGCAUCUCGAUCGGUGGGAUCUGACGGCGGAGAAGAAGCCAUGGCUGAUCUUCUCCUCGGAAAAGCUAAACUGAAGAAAAUUAGACGGUCGCGAGACAAAAAGCCUUUCUGAAAGGAAAUUAACCAAUCACGAAGAGCCACGUCAAUAAUCCGAGCACUUAUUUUUCAUUGGCCAGUGCCCCAAGGCCCAAACACUCAUUUACCAUUAUUUCAUGGGCCAACAUAGAGGCCCAAUUUAGCGCUAAAAUCCAAGAAUUACAUGAUACACCCGAAUCUUUCUCUUUUUCACGAAACAUUCCAAAAUAUUCUCGAGUCUAUUCAGAUUCACUCUCUUGUCACUGUUAGAUCUUCCAGUUUCUCCGAUACCUUUAACGGUAACUUUCUGGUGCUCCACUGCAAAAUCAGCGGUUAUAAAAAAAAAACUCAAAACCUUCUUCUCAACACUCCUUUGCUUGAUCUUCUCCCUCUCUCGUUACUCUCUUCGGAAAUGAUAAUGUCUCUCCCUCAGUGUUCUCAUCUGCGUCUCUCUAUUCUCGCUGCGACGGCGGCGAUGUUAAUGGUGAUUACGACUGCGCAGAUCGGCGGUCAAGUGAUACAGGUGGAGUUAUGGUGUGUGGCGAAGAACAACGCGGAAGAUUCGUCGCUACAGACGGCGAUUGAGUGGGCUUGUGGUCAAGGCGGAGCCGAUUGUGGUCCGAUUCAGCAAGGUGGACCUUGUAACGACCCGACGGAUGUUCAGAAAAUGGCGUCGUUUGUUUUCAACAAUUAUUAUCUGAAGAACGGCGAGGAGGACGAAGCUUGCAAUUUCAACAAUAACGCUGCUCUUACUUCACUCAAUCCAAGUCAGGGAACUUGCAAAUAUCCUUCGAGUAAGGGAGCCAACAAUGGUCGAUUAGCGGAUGACACUUCAAUGGGUGCAGGACAAGCAGAUAUGAGCCGUGGUGGCAGACCGAUUUCCAGCAGUUGGAUGGUGACCUUCAUCGGUUUCGGUAGCUUAUUGACGAUGACAUGGAUAAUUCAUCAUCUUUAGGCUCACACGCAUGAUGCUCUCAUUGAUGAUAUGAGAGACGGAUACUAUUUUGAUCUCUCUUAGUUUACCUUUGAAGAUAAGCGUAAUAUCUAAUUCUUUUUUUGUCUGGCAUUUUGAUCUUUCUUUCUGUGAAUGAACUUAUAAGGAUGUAAUAUCAUCAACCAUAAUUGUUUAAUCGAUUCAAUGAUUGGUCUUUUAUCGUUAGAGAUUUCAUAUAUAGGUUCAAU